UCAGAUGACCAGGUCAUAUGCUAACACAUGGACGAUAAGAUAAAUUGCUCGGACGCAGGGAACGUCCGAGUCGUGGAUUCAAACAAUAUUAUAUUUUGUAAUCCUGCAUGUUCGGUAAUAAAAGUUUACGAUUAGGGAAUCCCCCCGCGUUAUUAUUGCAUUGUAUUGCAUCCAUGGGUACUGUGAUCGUGAGUCAGUAGUCAGUAUCAGUAUGAGUCUGCUGUUUACAAGAGUUUUCUAUCGAAACCUCGCAAUGGACUGAGAUACAUUAAAAAUUACGUCGUACGAAAAACGUUUGUUCUCGAUUAACUGAUUAAGUUACGCUUCAGUUGGCUUAUUUAAUUAAAGUAUGCGUCUCCACGUCCAUCGAAGUUAACCUACAAUACGUUUGAAGCUGACAACAGCCGUUCCUACUGUUACUCUUAUUAUUCUUAAUACGACAUGGCCUGCGAGGGUUGCAACGCGAAAUUCACUUUCUUCUCACGGAAGAAACAAUGCAUGGAUUGUUUGAGAUAUUUUUGUUCGGAAUGUGUGAUCAGACGAUUAGACAAGAUACUGAGUUGUGCUGGUUGUUGCUUGUUGUCAAGGAGACCUCUAAUAAGAAGUCUAAUUAUACAAAUGCGGACUAAAGAUAUAAGAUGGUACCUAAUAGCGAAGAGGGUGCCUAUCAAGGGAUGCAUAGAAAAAGAAGAUUUAAUAAAGCUUUUGAUGGUGUAUGCUAAUGGUAGGGAUUAUUACAGCACGGAGAACAGAGGACAUACCAACAUUCCUACCGAUCAAUCAGCAACCAGAAACUCCGAGGAGAGGUCUGAAGUCUCGGACCAGACGUACGAAACUAAUGCCACAAGAACUGAUCAGAACGAAAUUCCAGAGACAACACCCAGGGUCAAUGGCCACGAAUGUCCAGAGCAGUUAAACGUUUCUACUAUUCAGAAUUCUAGCAUACUUAAUCCUGUGAAAUUGUCUGAGAUAAAUACAUCGGAGGACUUGGAAUGUUUGAGCGUGAAGCAAUUAAAAAACUUAUUGAGCACGAAUCGAGUCGAUUAUAAGGGUUGCGUGGAGCGGUGCGAAUUGUUAAAGAAAGCGACGACUCUAUGGGAGGAAUACAAGGAGUCCAGAGAAAAAGGGGAAAUUCCUGAUGAAAAUAUCUGUAAGAUCUGUUGGGACGAACCGAUCGAAUGCAUUAUAUUAGAAUGUGGUCACAUGGCUUGUUGCUUGAACUGUGGUAAACAAAUGUCGGAGUGUCCGAUAUGCAAACAGUACGUCGUCCGGGUAGUGCGGUUCUUCAAAUCUUAACGAAAUGCAAUAAUACAUAAUGUAUUAAUGUGUAGCUCGUGAUAAGCCAAACUUAAAAAGGCGAUUCUUUAUUAAGAGGAAAAUUAUAUUGUAAUCGUUGAUACAUUCAAUCUUUUAUGUAAAAUUCAAAUACAUAUAACGUGACAUGUCUGUACGGCACGAAGUACAAAAAUGUAUGUUUCGAUGUCUUCUGCAAACAUAUCGGUACGAUGGAAUAGAAAUUUAAGGAAAAAUGUGAUAUGAUCUCAAAUUCAUACAAAUGUUGAACAACUUUGUUUCGUUAGCAUUUUAAAUUAAUAUAAAAUUAAUCACCUACUUUUAUUAAGUAGAUUCUACAGAGUAUCUUCGAAGAACGACUGCGCAUGGUGAAUAAAUGUAACAGUCUGUAUAUAAAUGAAGUACUUUACACAUUGAUAAAUAUUUCGUUGUUCUAUGCUACGUUAAUUGCUCCUAUUUCUUAAGUAUUUUAUUUUAAGUGCCAGCAUUCGAUAUGCAAAUGGCUGAUGUAUUUGCACAUGUAUAUAAAAUAUUGGAAUAAACGUUUUUAAUUACUCA